CAUUAAUUAAGACAAGGGGAACGCAAAAUUCGCUGAUGAUUAAACCCAGACGCGUUUUUCAAACACGAUUAAUCAUCUUCAUCUUUCUCCACAAUUGACUUAUCAAACAAGAUUACACCUCCCUAAGGUUUUAUGCAAAUGUAGUGCUAAUAAGCCAUCCCUCGAUUUCCCCCGCUUAUUUUCCGACCAAACCAAAACAUUCUCGAUUUCUUGUCCAUCCCAGAUCGAUCUCUUUGUUUUCAGAUAAUUUCCCUUGUCUGGAUUCGUUUCAUUGCAUCGCUUCUCUGUUCUGGGUCCCUUUGAAUUUUUGAUUUUUCUAUCACCCUUUUGAAAACCCGAUUUUUGUCUUGUGUAGUAUCUUCUGGCCUAUUGAUUCUUGUUGAGGAAGACCUUGAGUAGGUUUUUUUUUUUGCUUGUUCAAUCUGUAUUCGAAGUUUUAAAAUCACUGCAUGAUCGCGAGUCUUAGAUUAUAAGAGAUUUGACUUUCAGUUAUAGUGUCUAUGAUCAUUAGGAAUAUGAGAUCAGAUCAGAUCAAAGUUGUGUUCUUUUGAUCAGAUCUUGAUGUGGAGAGCUUGAAUGCGAUUCUGUAGUGUUAGUGUUUGGAUAAUAUAAGGUAGAGAGAUAUUUUGAUGGGUAAUGUUUGCGUUGGACCAAACAUUUCUGGCAAUGGUUUCUUGCAAACUGUCUCGGCUGCAAUGUGGCGACCACGGCUUGGAGCUGAGCAAGCUUCUUCUUCUUCUCAUGGUAAAGCAGAAUUUGCCAAACAAGCAGCUUCAGAACCAGCACCUGAUCAAGUCCAGAAUAAGCCCCCUGAGCCUAUCACGAUGCCAAACCCAAGGACCAAUCCUGAAACCAUAUCGAAACCUGGUCCAGAGAUCAAACCUGAAGAGACCAAGCAGAAGGUUCUUCCUGAUGAAAGCAAACAGAAAGCUCUUCCUGAAGAAACCAAGCAGGAAGUUCUUGUGCAGCCGAGGACAACAAAACCAGAAACAAAGUCUGAAUCCAAGCCGGAGACGACAAUACAAGAAACAAAGUCUGAAUCCAAGACGGAGGCGACAGUACCAGAAACAAAGUCUGAAUCCAAGCCGGAGGCGACAAUACCAGAAACAAAGUCUGAGUCCAAGCCGGAGGCGACAGUACCAGAAACAAAGUCUGAAUCCAAGCCGGAGACGAAACCUGAACCUAAGAAUCCUAAACAUAUGAGGAGAGUGUCCAGUGCAGGGGUUAGAACUGAGUCAGUGUUGCAGAGGAAAACUGAAAACUUUAAAGAGUUCUAUUCAUUAGGAAGGAAACUUGGACAAGGGCAAUUUGGGACAACGUUUUUAUGCCUUGAGAAAGGUACCGGGAACGAGUAUGCUUGCAAGUCGAUUUCCAAGAGGAAGCUUUUAACUGAUGAGGACGUUGAAGAUGUGAGAAGAGAGAUUCAGAUAAUGCAUCACUUGGCUGGUCAUCCAAAUGUUAUUUCCAUUAAAGGAGCUUAUGAGGAUGUUGUGGCGGUACAUCUUGUGAUGGAGUUGUGUUCUGGUGGCGAGCUUUUUGAUAGGAUUAUUCAGCGUGGACAUUACACAGAGAGGAAAGCUGCUGAGCUUGCGAGAACCAUUGUUGGGGUUUUAGAGGCUUGUCACUCUCUUGGUGUCAUGCAUCGAGACCUCAAGCCUGAGAAUUUUCUAUUUGUUAGUAAAGAGGAAGACUCUCUCUUGAAAACGAUUGACUUUGGACUUUCAAUGUUCUUUAAGCCAGAUGAGGUUUUUACAGAUGUUGUUGGUAGUCCGUAUUACGUAGCUCCAGAGGUUCUUAGAAAGCGUUAUGGUCCUGAAUCAGAUGUGUGGAGUGCUGGUGUGAUUGUUUACAUUUUGUUAAGCGGAGUUCCUCCUUUUUGGGCAGAAACCGAACAAGGUAUUUUCGAGCAGGUCCUUCAUGGUGAUCUUGACUUUUCAUCUGAUCCAUGGCCAAGCAUCUCUGAAAGCGCAAAAGACUUGGUCAGGAAAAUGCUUGUUCGCGACCCCAAGCGAAGACUAACCGCGCAUCAAGUAUUAUGUCAUCCAUGGGUACAAAUUGACGGUGUGGCUCCAGAUAAACCUUUGGACUCUGCUGUUCUUAGCCGUAUGAAGCAAUUUUCUGCAAUGAACAAGUUCAAGAAAAUGGCUCUAAGAGUCAUAGCCGAGAGCUUAUCUGAAGAAGAAAUAGCUGGUUUGAAAGAAAUGUUUAAGAUGAUUGACGCUGACAAUAGUGGUCAGAUAACUUUCGAAGAACUGAAAGCAGGACUAAAACGAGUUGGUGCCAAUCUCAAAGAGUCAGAAAUUCUUGAUCUAAUGCAAGCUGCUGAUGUGGACAAUAGCGGAACAAUAGACUACAAAGAGUUCAUAGCGGCCACAUUGCAUCUAAACAAAAUAGAGAGAGAGGACCAUUUGUUCGCUGCAUUCUCCUACUUUGACAAGGACGAGAGCGGCUUUAUCACCCCGGACGAGCUUCAACAAGCAUGCGAGGAGUUUGGUGUUGAAGAUGCUCGCAUAGAAGAAAUGAUGCGUGAUGUUGAUCAAGACAAGGACGGGAGAAUAGACUACAACGAGUUUGUGGCAAUGAUGCAGAAAGGAAGCAUAAUGGGAGGACCAGUGAAGAUGGGUUUAGAUAACAGCAUUAGCAUAUCUCUGAAACAUUAGUUGUCAGAUAUUACAACAAAAACAACAACAACAAUAGCUUCGUCUAUUAUUUUUAAUGAAUGAUGAUCAUUGAUUGUGUGUUUUCUUCUCAACAUUUUUGAUGAGACCAUUGUCAGUUAGACUGGUUUAGGUAAAUCUGUUUUUUUGUACUGUGUACUUCUAUGCAUAUACACAUAGUUUUUGCCUGUAA